CGGCGGAGGCCGCAUCAAAGCCCAUUGAACGGCGGGACGCGCGCGCGGGCAGCUUCAGUGGAAGCGUCGCAUUCAUCCAUCGCCCCGACGCCCGACCGCACGGCCCCGGGCAGCGUAUUUGUACACAUAAAUCCUGGGGGAACAACAGUCAUGGCCACAGCAGUCCAGACCAUGGAUCCGCGCCAGGGGCACCUGCCACCGUCGCCCCAGAAGGAGGACCCCCUCGCCUCACUCAGACAGCGCAUGGCCGAGAAGCGCGCGGAAAUCGACGCGAACUUGUCGCCGAGCGCGCGGGCCCGGAACGGCUUCGACGACGACGACGCCGCGGACGACGAUGCGGCGGCGGACGCCUUUCCUCCGCAACCGCCGCCGCCCGUAUCAACGGAGCCGCCGAUGAAGAGCGUCGAAUUAGCAUUGGACGACUUUGAUGUAGCGUCACUCAAGAGGAACCUGGAACUAGCGAUAGCUACCAUACGAGAAAUGCAGCAACGGUUGGUUGCUUCCAAUAGGGCCAUCGAGACGGCGACCGCCGAGCGGAAUGCGGCGCGGCGGGACUUGGCGCGCGCGGAGCGCGACGUGCAACGGCUCGCGGCGGCGGCCAACGCGCGCGCGCGCCAACACGAAUCGGAACGAGAUUUGUUGGCGGCGCGCCACGCGUCCGAGCGACGGGAAUCGUUAGAGAGGCAGCGCGCCGAGCACGCUCAAGAACUGAACGCGCAGCUGGCCGAGUCGCAAGCGGCGCAAGAGGCCCAGUCCCGGGAGAUCGCCGCGUUGGCGGCGGAUCUACGGACGGCGCAAGGCAAAGAGAGAGGUGUGUCGGAGUUGCGGGAGAAACUGUCCAGGGCGGAGGCGCUGAAUUCCUCCCAGAAGGAGCGCAUUCAAACCUUGGAGACGGCGGAGGUCGACCUUGGGAAAGCUCUGGCCGCCAAACAAUCAGCCCUCGAAGCGCAGCAGGCGUCGCUGAAGGAGGCUCAAAAAGCGAAUCAGAAAAGGGAGGAGGAGUGCGCGCGGGCCGAUCGCGCCGAGGCGUGCGUGGACCAGCUCAAGAUCAAAUGUAGCAAUUUGGAUCGGGAUGUGGCUGCAUUAAGGGCGGACGCGCAAAUUAGAGAUGCAGCUCAAAAGUCGUUCCAGGCGGAUUGUGCGCGGGAGCGCGAUGUUUUGACGCAAAAACAUGGCGCGGAACGCGAGCGCGCCGUCGAUGCUGAGAAGAGAGAAAAACGGUUACAACGGGACCUCGCGAAACUUUCCAGGGACCACGCGCGAUCGCAAUCAGCCCAUAAGGGCGCGAGGCAUGCGCUGGAACGGGCGCGGGCGAUGACGGAGCAGGAUGUUGCUGGGUUAUUGGCUUCUCGAAGGGAAGCCGUGACCGACCUCGCGGCGAUGCGCGACCGGUUACGGCAGGAAGUUAGAUGUCGGUCGGCGGCCGUUGCGCAGCUCAAGGAGGCGCGGGAGCAGCGCGACGCCGAUCGGAUAGCGUUGGUGCGGGCCAAGGAGGCCCAUGCGGGUGUCGCGCUCGAGCGGGAUCGGUUGAAGCGCCAGGUCGCGGCGCACAAACGGGCGGCGCGGUCCGCGGCGUCGACGCCGCGGUCACUGGCAGAUGUGCCGCCGCGGGGCCGCUUCCCGGCGUCUUCGCCCGUCGUGAACCGGCGGUCCGCCGCGGCGUCGUCGGACUCGUCCUACUCGCCGGGGCCGUCGCCGCGGCGGCGCACGCCCGUCAAGGCGGGCGCGCACCACCUCGAGCCGCACCCGCUGCUGAGCGGUGGCGGGGGGGACGCGUAGUUUCUCGGGGC